AUGUUGAUACACCCCAUACCUUCUUUACCGUGGAGCAAAGUAGCCACAGAUUUGUUUGAAUUGGAUGGAUUUCACUACUUAAUCAUGGUGGACUACUAUUCCAACUUCAUUGAAGUGGCAUCACUGAAACGUGAUACAACUUCACAGAACGUUAUCAAGCACCUGAAAGAGAACAUUGCGAGAUAUGGUAUUAUAGACAUGUUAAUCAGUGAUAAUGGUCCACAAUACACAGGUGCCGAAUUCAAGUCUUUUGUCGCGAGUUAUGGAAUUGAGCAUAUAACCUCGUCACCUUUGUAUUCGCAAUCUAACGGUCUUGCCGAAAAAGCUGUACAGACAGUGAAGAACCUAUUCAAGAAAUGCAGUGAAUCUGGAGAUGAUGUGUAUUUGAGUCUAUUGGAUCUCAGGAACACACCUCGAGAUGAGCAGAUUGGAUCACCUAUGCAGAGACUAAUGGGUCGACGUGCGAAGACUCAGUUACCUAUGAGUGACAAUCUUCGGAAACCAACAACAAUUCAGUCAGAAGUUGUGUCAUCCAAGCUAAUGGAUUAUCAUCAGAAGCAGAAACAUUACUAUGAUCGUGGAGCAAAAGAGCGCGAACAAUGUCAACCUGGAGACACUGUUCGUAUACAGUCGCCAGAAGGUUGGAAGCCUGCUGAGUUCGUGGAACAUACUGACAAACCUCGCUCGCACAUUGUUAAAGCAGGAAGUGGCAGAGUGUAUAGAAGAAACAAUCGCAUGCUCCUCAAAACCAAGGAAGAACAACACGUAAUCUCGUCUGGCGAGUAUGUGAUGCCGCCAAUUGUGAAUUCAAGGAAUACACCUGUGUUAGCGCGUCGUGAACCGUAA